UGAUUUAGCGGGAAAGAUAUUCAAAUAAGGAGGACACAGUUGGUCAGGCUUGACUAGUGCUAACAUCAGUGUGGCCAGCGCUGGUAGUGUGGCCCUGGUUGUGUGGCCCUAGUAGUGUGGCCUGACGCCGGUGUGGCCCUAGUGCCCAUACCCUCGUGACACCGCCCCACACUCUGGAGUGCCCUGGAUUAUACCCGCUCGGGAGGGGCCACACGCAAAAGUAUACACACACACACACACAUAUACACACACAAAAAGUGCCGCGGGAAAUAGCGGGUAGCGGGCGGCGGCGGCGGCGGCGGCCAGUGCCCCACCUCUGUGUAUAGUGCCAGGGUCAUCACUGCCUCCGGAGUGGAGUCUCCAGGAUCCCCGGCUACCCCUUCGCCGCCUCCUUCAGCGGCCCUCCUCUCCUUUCGCGGCCUGGCUGACACCUGCGGCCUGGCUGACACCUUCUGCGGCCUGGCUGACACCUUCGCCGCCGCCAAGAUGGAGCACUCAAACUUCGGCUUGUUCGGCUUGAGGCCUCCGUCAGCCGCCAUGGACCUCACCACCGCCUACCGCUACAACCAAAACAUGAUGGAGUAUUAUACUUGUCACGGCGGAGUGAACCAGCUGGGCGGUGUGUUCGUCAAUGGGCGGCCACUUCCUGACAUGGUUCGUCAGAGGAUCGUAGAGUUGGCCCAUAACGGCGUGCGACCCUGCGACAUCUCCCGUCAGCUCCGUGUCUCCCACGGCUGCGUCUCCAAGAUCCUCUCCAGGUACUAUGAAACCGGUUCCAUCAGACCAGGUGUGAUCGGCGGGUCUAAGCCCAAAGUGGCCACACCUACAGUGGUAGAAGCCAUCGCUAACUACAAGAAGCAGAACCCUACUAUGUUUGCUUGGGAGAUUCGUGAGCGGCUUCUCUCAGACGGUGUGUGUGACCAGGAGGGUGUUCCGUCAGUCUCCAGCAUUAACAGAAUCGUGCGCAACAAGGCGGCGGAGAAGGCGAAGCACGGUCUACCAGGCACAAUGUCACCUGUGUCUCAAGCGACCUCCGUCAUUGCCCAUGCUCCACCGGCGCCACACGAGACCGCCCUCCAGCGCCCCGGCUCCUACUCCAUCAACGGCAUCCUGGGCAUCCAGGCCCACACAGAUCCCAACGGCAAUAUCAACAAGAGGAAGAGGGAGGACUCCGGAACGCCCGAGGGCAGCCCCACGGGACACCCUCAGGCAGGGAGUGCUGCAGAUACUGGAGGAGGUGGUGGAGGAGGAGCACCCCCCCUCGCCUGGCAUCACAAAACCAAUCCACAAGCUGAUAAGUUUCAGUGUGGCUACCCAGUCAUAACAGAGUUGGUUCUUCUUGCAGACGAACACCGAGACAUAAAUGAACACCACGAAGAUGAUCUCAAGCGUCAAAGAACACAGUAUAACACUGAUCCUCUCUACACUAACAUGUUAUGGUCGAAACAAUGGUCGACGUUGAAGACAGAAGAAGCGGCCAAGACGCUCUUGCCUGAUCUUGGAGGAGGAGUGCCAGGAGGAGCCGCGUCUCCCUACAGCAGCGUGCAAUCAUUCGUGGAUCACACGACCAGCUACCCAUCAGUAUCAGCGGCUUCCAUCUCUACUGACGCCCUCUACGAGACCAUGUCAAUGACGCAAUCCAAUAGUAACCAUAUCUACUCGCCUCCGCUCGCUACCUCGCUAGGUAGCGCAGGUGGACUGACGCCUCUCACACCCAUCACUAUGCAAGACGUGAAGCCAGUCCUUGCGGCACCCUCACUCCUUGAUACCAACGCCUCUCAGUACCAACAAGGAGGCAGCGUGUACACACCCCUCAGCACCCCCCAGCCUACUUCCAACGCCGGCUACACCAACACCCUGGCCACUCACUACCCUGAGCAAACUUCGGUGUCUCCGCCUCACUGCAGCAGCGAGAGUGUGGCGCCUCUGGACAACCUGGUGGUAGCGCCUUGUUCCUCGCCCCUCAAGGCUGACACCCCCUGCACCACCGCCCUCACAGUCCUACAGCCUGCCUCACACGCCCACGCUGCCACUCACCACGCCCAUGUAUCCACUCAUGCGCAUGCACCUACCCACGUGCACUCUUCAACGCAUGCCCAUGUACCCAUGCACGCCCAUGUAGCGGCCACACCUGAUCCGACCUACACCACCCUCCCGCCCAUCACACACUACUCAGGUACGGCCAGCAUAGGAGCGAUGACAGACUACACGUACACGUCUCCGUACACCCAAUACUCCUCUACCUACCCAGCAUACGGCUACGGCACCGGAGGGCUCCUUAACAUGGGUAACUACAGUACCUCCGGUAACAGUAUCAACAACAACAACAACAAUAACAGUGGCGGUGGUAGCAACAGCGCGAGCGGUGGCACCAACGCCCACACCGCCACCAACACCAGCAACACCAACUCCUCGGCUCGCCUGCGCAUGUUGCAGUCGACGCUUGGUUCCUCCGCGUGCCUCAGACAAGACCGCUGCACGUAAUGCUGCGUCUCUUCCACCUCGCCAGAGUCUCCGUUAUAUACAGGUGUCCGGUUUAUCAAGACAGCGGUAAUACAACGGGGCUUCGUUACUACACCUGAGCAGUGACUGUCCAGUGUCACUUUGUGUGAACCAGAAACUGUAUUUCAUGAAGCGCUGAACCCAUGUGGUCCAUUCAGCGCAAGGAGAGGCGGAAUCUCGAUCCUCUGUCCGCUAAUCGGGGCCUGGUUCCUAUCCACUCAGACUGUUUGUUGUAGAACGAGGAGGAAGAAGGAAUGGGCACUCAUAAGGAGGAAAGAGAGAAGGAGAGCAAGAACCUGAAGACAACCUUUGAUAAGUCUCCAUGACCGCAGUGCGGGGAGACAACUAGUUUAGCUGAGUACGUGUUUAAGCAGCACGGACCGAUCUCUAGCUAGGAUACCAAAGAACCACCACCCUCAAGUCACGAGCUUGCGUGAGUCAGGUCCCUGCCGGACCCUUCCUUCUUCAGGCACACACACACAGGAAAGAACCUCAGCAACCCCAGGCAUUUCAUUUUGUACAUAGCACCCUCUAAGGCCUUCCUAGUGUGUCUGAAGGAGGUAAGCGAGGGGCACAAGUGCCUGACUCUCACACACACCUCUUUCCACUCUGGGCGUGGGAAGCCGUCCUCCUGUAACAGGAUGACUCUGGCAUCUCCCAGCGCCAGUAACUUUACCUAUCGGCUCUCGGUUUUCAUUGGGGUUUAUCGCUGUCCAGGACAUAGAUCUACUGACUCGUGUUUUUGGCAUUGAUCAAAAACUUUCUAAAUCCCUAUAACAUUAAGUUUUUUCAACAAAGGCGCCUGUGAAACGGUGAUUCGAUUACCUCUUACAUUUAUAUAUAUAUAUAUUAUAUAUAUAUAUUUAUAUAUAUAUACAUGCACAUAUACCUCUCUGUCAGAAGAGGCUAAGAACAACAGAAUACAGACUGUUGUUAUGUUGGAGGUCCUCCCCAUUACCUCUAAAGGCUGUUUACCAAAGAAGCGUCUUCUGGCUUCUGCCUCCUUAGCCUGUUUGUACAAGGCAAUGUUUAGUCAGGUGGACCUCUCUUGCGGAGGUUACUAUAUGUUUCCUAAUUGUAGGAGACGGUUUUAUAUCGACGAGUUUUUAAAGGAAUGACAAGUUGAAUUGUGUAUUAAAAAUAAAGACCUAUUUAUAAUGUCUGCUGAAAAUAAUCAGGUAGGUCGUAGUGUUAAGAAGAGAGUAGGGUUACAGUAAGGAUUUUUUACGCUGGUUCUUUUUUUUUUUAAUAUUUAUUUUGCCCAUUAUCACUCAGUUACAGUGUACAGUAUUAGCCCGUAGUGUUACUGCUCGCAAUAUCUAGCAGCCCCCGUGUUCUACAGUCACAAAGUGUUAUAUCAAGUGUUUAUAUAAGGCUAAUGGUGAUCGGUAUUCAUAGCCAAAUACCGAUUAUUCUGUAUUUCGUAGAUUCAGUACAGAUUUUUGUAAGUCACACCACCUACGGGUCAGUCCAGACCUGCUCGGCAGGAGUCUCAGUUUUACAAAUUAAAAAAAAAAGUUAAAAGGUCACUUUUAUGUAUGGUUGUGUACCUUAGCAUCAGGUAUCAGUUUCGUAUAUGGCUACAUAAACUAGUCUUGUUUAUUAAAGAAACAAUCAGUCCCUAUUAUCACCCUCAAGAAGUAUUACGGUAUUUGUGAUUCCCUCAUAAAGAACUUAAAUACUCUCCCUACAUCCGAAUCUGUAUUGAUCUUACUCGACUUGAUUCUCAAUGCAAAAAAAAAAAAAAAAAAAAAAUCAUACUCUUAGAAAGAUUUCUCCACCUGGGAACGGCACUCAAAGUGUGGUUCGAUACAGAGCUGGAGAAGCCUCAUAUCAUUGUUUCGGAGCGCAGGCUAUUGGGUGUGGUAUAAAGCUUUUAUGGAAGUUUAUCUGUAGUCCUCUCCUGGGCCUCCACUGCAUUGUUCUUGUAUAGGUAAAUUAUUAUCAUAUAUUUUUUCUUGGUUUGUGCACAUCAACAUGUAAAGUCACUGUAAUUCUUUGUUUUUGUUGCUUAAAAUUUUUGUCAUUUCAGUUU